AUUAUUAUUUACCAAACCGCAAAAACAUUUCCCAGAAGAACACUACUGCCAAACCGCAAAAAGUAAUCGAGUGACGUUAACACGAGCAAUAUCCACUAUCAAAUCAGAAAAAUAGCAUUUUGCAAUGUUGAUAACAGCGAAACCCACUCAAUUUCAACCAUGGUUACCAUUCCCACCAUCAACAACACUCCCUAAACGAACAACGUUCAACACCAGAAGAACCAUCGUUCUCAACAACAACAACGACGACGACACCACCGCCAACAACACCGCUUCUUCUUAUCCACCAAUGCUUAAAAAGAGGAACCGAUAUCGAAAACUCUACCCCGGAGAAACCACCGGAAUCACCGAAGAGAUGAGAUUCGUCGCCAUGCGACUUCGAAACGACAAAAUCAACAACACCGUUUCCACUCCAGAAACUACCUCUACAGUAGAAGACGAUGAAAACCGAAUUCCUGACACGUGGCAUCCUUCCAUGGAAGGGUUUAUCCGAUUCUUGGUUGAUAAUCAACACGUUUUCACCACGCUCGAACGCAUUGUUGACGAUUCUGAUAACGUUUCCUAUGCCUACUUGAGAAAAACUGGAUUGGAAAGAACAGAACGGAUUUUGAAGGAUCUAGAAUGGUUUAAACAAGAAGGUGUUGAGAUUCCCAAUCCAAGUUCUCCUGGGAUAACAUAUGCAAAAUAUUUGGAGGAACUUGCGGAAAGAAGUGCGCCUUUGUUUCUCUCCCAUUUCUACAAUAUCCAUUUUUCUCAUAUAACUGCUGGCCAGGUUAUUACAAAGCAGGUUUCUGAAAGGCUCCUGGAAGGUAAGGAGCUGGAGUUCUGCAAAUGGGAAGGAGAUGUACAGGAAAUGCUGAAAGAUGUACGAGAGAAGCUUAACGUGCUUGCAGAGCAUUGGUCCCGGAAUGAAAAAAAUAAAUCUUUAAGAGAAGCAAAAAAGUCAUUCCACUUUAUGGGACAGAUUGUUCGUUUAAUCAUCUUAUGACGAUGCUGGUUGGUUCUCAGUUUUUGUUCAUAGACUGAUUUUUUUUAUGCAUUUUGAUGCAAUUGCAAUUAUAAGUUGUGCAGCCGUUCAAUUGGAUUAUUAGUUCAGCCUGGAAAGUGGUCAAGGGUCCAGGCAUGCCCUCAUGUAGGAUAGUGGGCAGUUUGUGGGCGUUAACUGUUGUUUGCAACCAUGUUUUUUACAGCAAAUAUUGAUGUUGCUGCAUCACACUUUUUCUCGCAAUUUUAACGUUUUCCGCAAAGCUUCUAGGAUCUGGUUACAUCUGUUAUGGAUUUUCUGAUCCUUAUUGAUAUAGAUUUCAAUGGUUAAGCCAGGGUAUAGGCUAAUUUUUUUCAUUAGAGAUGUAACUUAGCUGGAACUACUUUGAGAUUAUGAGUUCUAAAAUUAUAAUGACCAUAUGAUGUUUCAGUAUAACUGAAGAUUUCUUUCUUUGUGGCCAUUA